AUGAAGGCCUCCAUGAUCAUCGCCAGCACUGUGGCUCUCUUCUUCUCCGGCGCCCUCGCAGCACCCACUGUACCCGCCCAUCUGCCAUCCGACUACUUCACCUUCUCCCUCAUCAACGACCAAACCGGCGCUAGCGAGAUCCGCACUGUCAUCCGAGGCGAGUCGCCCGUCACACUCGCUGAACUCUUCAAGAACACCCGGCUGGUGCAAGGCGGCCAUGUCAUCGCCACAUCGGCGCAGGCCCUCGCCCCCUCUGGCCGCGCUAUCAAGUGUGUCUUCACCAACCUGCCCGCGGGCAAGGUGUUCAGGUUGAACGAUCAGGAGCCUUUUGCUGAUUUGGAUGGCAAUGACAAGGCUGCUGUUCCUACCGAUGUCACCGACUUCACUUUCGAGUGCGAGUAG